UUCCCCUGUCUGCAACACUGCUUUAAACAAUCUUACUUUGUAGAUAUCUAUGUAUCUAAUCUAAUAUAUCUAGGAGUAUAUAUAUAUCGGUCUUUCUAAUGUGUGCCCAAGGGCACACAAUAAACACCAACUUUCAUGAAAAUAGCUUGUUUUGAUUGGUGGAAUUGAUGUGAAUGCAGGGGGAUCAUUUACAUUUAUUAUUCAUCCACCAAUCAAAAGCUAGAAUUCUUAUGGGAGUUAGUGACUAUUGUGUGCCCUUGGGCACACCAUAGAAAAUUCGUAUAUAUAUUGUGUUGCAUGCUUCCCAAGAGAGAAAAAAAAUCACACACUAGUCACAAGGUUUAAUAUUUGAAAUGGUGAAGAUCAAGAUUAUUUUUGCUGUGCUUGUUAUGAAUUUAUCAUGGGUUUUGUUUUGUUCAGUAGAUGCUUCAGUUUCAUAUGAUAACAAGGCUAUCAUCAUCAAUGGCCGGAGAAGAAUCCUCAUUUCCGGUUCUAUUCACUAUCCAAGAAGCACCCCUGAGAUGUGGCCUGAUCUUAUUCAAAAGGCUAAAGAUGGAGGGUUGGAUGUUAUACAGACUUAUGUAUUUUGGAAUGGACAUGAGCCAUCUCCUGGGAAAUACAAUUUUGAAGGGAGGUUUGAUUUGGUCCGGUUUGUUAAAAUAGCGCAGCAAGCUGGCCUUUAUGUUAAUCUUCGUAUUGGCCCUUACGUUUGUGCAGAAUGGAAUUUUGGGGGAUUUCCUGCUUGGUUGAAAUAUGUACCUGGUAUGGCUUUUAGAACAGACAACGAGCCUUUCAAGGUUGCAAUGCAAGGAUUCACUGAAAAAAUUGUCAGCAUGAUGAAGUCAGAAAAAUUGUUUGAACCUCAGGGUGGCCCAAUUAUAAUGUCUCAGAUUGAGAAUGAAUAUGGACCAGUAGAAUGGGAGAUUGGUGCUCCCGGAAAAUCUUAUACAAAAUGGUUUGCUAGUAUGGCACUUGGUCUUGAUACUGGCGUUCCGUGGAUCAUGUGCAAGCAAGAAGAUGCCCCAGAUCCAAUUAUAGACACUUGCAAUGGUUUCUACUGUGAAGGCUUCACCCCUAACAAGCCAACCAAACCUAAAAUGUGGACGGAAAUCUGGACUGGCUGGUAUACAAAAUUUGGAGGUCCAGUCCCAUAUAGGCCAGCAGAGGACUUAGCUUUCUCAGUCGCAAGAUUCGUACAAAAUAAUGGUUCUUUUUUUAAUUAUUAUAUGUACCACGGAGGAACAAAUUUUGGCCGGGAUUCUGCUGGUUUGUUCAUUGCCACUAGCUAUGAUUAUGAUGCUCCACUUGAUGAGUAUGGAUUGAAAAGGGAACCAAAAUGGGGACACUUAAGAGAUUUGCACAAAGCCAUCAAGCUUUGUGAACCGGCUUUAGUAUCAGCAUAUCCAACUGUGUGGUCACUUGGGAAAAAUUCAGAGGCUCACGAGUUCAGGUCAAAAGCUGGAGAUUGUGCUGCUUUUCUUGCCAACUACGAUACUAGUUCUUCGGCAAAAGUGACCUAUUUCAAUAAACAGUAUGACCUGCCUCCUUGGUCCAUUAGCAUUCUUCCUGAUUGCAAGACUGCCAUCUUUAACACCGCGAAAGUUAGUUCACUUGGUUCCCAUAUGAAGAUGCUUCCUGUAAGUACAGUAGAUUUCCCUUGGCAGUCAUAUAACGAAGAGGCUCCAAAUUCUGACGAUAGUGAUACAUUAGAAAUGAUGGGGUUGUAUGAACAACUAAAUAUCACUAGAGAUUCAUCAGACUAUUUGUGGUACCUUACAGAUGUUAACAUCGCAUCAGAUGAAGGAUUUUUAAAGAAUGGUGACGAUCCUGUGCUUAAUAUUGUAUCAUCAGGUCAUAGUAUGCAGGUUUUCGUGAAUGGUCAACCAUCAGGAAUUGCAUAUGGAAGGUUGGAAAAUCCAAAAGCAACAUUUUCGGGUAAUGUAAAGUUGAAAGCUGGCAUUAACAAGAUUUCUGUGCUGAGUGCUGCUGUGGGUCUUCCGAAUGUAGGUGUACAUUAUGAGAAAAUGGAAACAGGCAUUCUUGGCCCAGUCACCUUGAAGGGUCUUAAUGAGGGAACACGAGACUUAGCAAAGCAGACAUGGUCCUACAAGGUUGGUUUAAAGGGCGAAACUUUAAGUCUCCAUACACUUGGAAUAGGUUCUUCUGUUCGGUGGUUGGCAGGAUCAUUAGUGGUUCAGAAGCGUCCUCUUUCAUGGUACAAGGCAACUUUCAAUGCUCCAGAAGGAAAUGACCCAUUGGCUUUAGAUAUGAGCAGCAUGGGGAAAGGACAAAUGUGGGUAAAUGGUGAAAGUAUUGGGCGCCACUGGCCUGCAAAUAUAGCAAGUGGUGCCAGUUGCGGUGCCUGCAAUUAUGCUGGAACCUACAAUGAGAAAAAAUGCUUAAGCAAUUGUGGGGAACCCUCACAAAAAUGGUAUCAUCUCCCUCGCUCAUGGCUUAAGCCAACAGGAAAUCAAUUGGUGAUUUUCGAAGAAUGGGGAGGCGAUCCUAGCGGGAUCUCUUUGGUUAGAAGAACACCUUAAAGAAACUGUAAAAGAGGUAUGUGCAGCUGCCCUCAGGCAUCACCAAUAAUUAAAAUCGGGAAAUGCAAGUGAAAGUUCAAGAAGAAUUCACCUUCAGUACAUAAUACUUCAUUACAACUGCUUCUGAGCAUAUAAUCCCAAAGAAUGAUGAUUGUUCAACCUAUCGUUAUGGAUAUAGCAAUUGGAUUUUCUCUCUUUUGUAAAUUUGUAUAGUUCAUUUACUUUCCAGUUGAUGAAGUGUAUAGCAUAUUAUUCAUCAGUUGGCUAAUAUAAAUUUAGAAUACAACUUUUGAUAAGCCUCAUGUUCCCAAGCAAGCUACCUUGUAUAAACUCUUGUGAGCAUAUCUUUGAGAAAUUUAAACUUUCAGCUCUCUUCCAAAUCCUGAUCAA